CCAUUCUGUCAUCUGCACACUUGGAACAACACGACCUUUCACAAUGCGCUACGCUGCGAUCGAGCAGACGGGUCCAGAAUGGAAUCAUCAGUUCAAGAAAGCGACCACGAUGAGAUAGAUAGGAGGACACAUAGCGCUCGUCAGAAACUGCGCGCUCUGCUCGCAGAUCUCACACAGCAAGCAGACGGUCCGAACUCUAUGGUCGCAAACAAGGAUCAUGCCAGCGAACCCUGGGCUUUGGGAGGUAUGGAUCGUGCUUCGCGGUCCGCAGUGAUGGAUUGGGCAGAAAACCGACUGGCUGACUUCGACCUCUGGGUGAUUGGAAUCGGUGCUUUGUCCAGGCCCGAAGCAUCUUUGGACAGGCGACUGGCAUCAUACCACGAAGUCAGUUCUGUCGUAGUCUCACUCCUGACGAUUUUUGAGUCAUUUCUCGAAACUUGUCAUGAUUUAGCUACACGCGAUCCAUAUGAACACGCCCCAGAAGGCGUGGAAGAAGGCGACCUAGAAGAUUGCUCUAGUCAAUCUUCUGGCUAUCUCUCGCCAUGGUCCGACGAAGGUUCCGAUCAUAACAAUGGCGCACGUAUCAAUCCAAUUCGAAAAGUCCCGAUGAAAGUUCCCACUACAAUCAAUGAUGAAGAGUUUGCUUUUGGCUCUCAGAGAAUCAAAACACCAACCUUGCCCCUUUCAGAGGCCAUGGAAGGAGCGGAAACAAUCUUGAAGCGCCUUGUUCGUCUUGGUUUCAGGAUUCGACAGUCUGCUAUCACCGAAUGGUUCCGAAGGGCAGAUGCGAUGUUCGAUGCUGCAGGCCACGAAGGGUUUCGCAAGCACUUGAUAUCCAUGCUCUUUGUAAAGCAAGGCCGCAACGAAUCCUUGAACAAGUCGCAUGUUUCUGCAACAGACUCUGACAGAAAAGAUGGAUUGAGUAAAGCACAAAUCCGCUUAAUUGAUUCCAACCUGAAAAGGCGUAACAGAUUCAUAUAUGCUCGGGACCAUGCAGAGAAUUUGGUACCACGACAGCCAUCAAUAGUCCAAGAGACCGUUGCACGAAGCAGAGAUGUAUCUUCGGAGAUACUGGGUGCGUGGACUUCUCAGCGGUCAAUUGCUGAACAAGGCUCGAGAGCUUCCAGCAUGAUGCUCAUGCCAGUAAUCAAUAAGGAAUCGUCACGUGUCUCAGAUGUCUCUGGUAAAGAUUCGCAGUCACUCGAGGUUGCGCGCGAGCAAAUCGAGUCUGACCAGACAGCGUCGACCUCCACUGUACCCGAAACAGUGGAUUUUCCAAGCGUUCUCACAGCAACGGAGCCUGAAACAUCGAGUUUUCGAUGUCCGUACUGUGCUCAACUUGUUUCUCAGAAUAUCGGAAAAAGCCCGCAUCAUUGGAAGAAUCACAUAGCCCAGGAUCUUUUACCGUAUGUGUGCCCUUUUGAAGACUGCCAGAUUCCUGAGAUCUGGUAUGCCUCCACAGAAGCCUGGAUGUCACACAUACGCCAGGAUCACACUCGACUGACUGAUUGGCGGUGUCCGGCGUGCGACAAAACGGCCACAUCUUCAUCGGAUUUCAUUCUACACGUCCAAGAGAAGCACGAGGAUAUCAUAGAUGAUGAUCUACUAUAUGAGUUUGCUGACAGGUGUAGGCAGCCUGAGCUGACGAUAGUAGCUUGUCCUGUUUGUGGUGAUAAAGAUGAGUGUUCUCUUGAUCUCAUCGGCGAGCACAUACAUGCCUUCUCUAUGAGAUCUUUGCUGUGGCCAGCCACGGAAUUACCGCCAGACCGAUCAGGGACCUUCGGUCUUUUCCGCGAUGAGCAAUAUUCUGCAACCCAGAGCGUUUCAACAAGCCCAGGUCGUGUUAAAAGCGAUGAUUCGAAGUUAUCAAAGAAUGAAGAAUAUAGAGUCGACACACGAAAACCAGAAGGGACCAUGGCAGAAACACAGCGAACGGAUGUUGCGGUUGAUCCCAACACGUUCGUGGAGGACAUAAGGACCGAGUUGAUGCGUGUCACACAAAAUGAAGACAGCAGCCAAGAUGCAUUCAUUGUACACUCGGAUCUUGAAGCAAUCUGGUUCAGGUCGCGCGUCCAUACGCUCUUGAAACUUUGCUGCCUCUGCCCUGAGAACACGAUCGAUCAAGUGGCCGAUAUAAUCAUUGAUCAUUACCUCACAACGAUCUCCAUCCUCAUACACAUUCCAUGGAUGCAAUGGCCUAGAUUCACUGAAGUCUUUCUUGGUAAUGCAACAACGUGGAAGGAAGCUCGCAUUGUCGGACGCAACGACGAUAACCUUCCCUACAACUUGCAGGACCUUAGAGUUUUCUUGGGCAAUUACGCCAGAGGCUUCGACUUUCAUCAAUGGCUGUUCCUCCCGGUAAGAAUUGGAGAACGCAGAUCGGCCUCGCUCGCCGACUAUACAGAGGACCAUCGACUUCCGGUCCUCAAAACCGAGUUUCUGGGGAGAGGAGCUUCCGCUGUAGUCUACAGGGAAACAAUAGCACCAGGGUGUCUCGCUUUAGGGUCUGGUUCGUGGAAUGCAGAGCAUCGAUGUUGCUCGUAAACAUAUCGAGACUCAGGGAGACUUUGACUCCGAAAGUGUUGUGAUAGAGCGCCUGAAAAAUAAUCGGCUGAGACACCGUCAUAUUACCCGAUGUUAUGGUGUGGUUGUCCGUCAAGGCCUCCUGCAAAGCAAGCUUGAUAUAUUCUACGAAUUGGCCUCAUCAAAUUUGAGUCAAUUCUUGACAAAUUGGGGGGAAUCUCAACCAACAUCCGAAAUACAGCGUCAUGUCCUCACGCAGACCUUUUCGCUGAUCGAUGCGCUUGUACUCUGUCAUGAGCAAUUUUAUGACCCGGAACAA